AACAAUCGAACCGAAGAGAAAGACCAGCUACAGAUGCAGUACAACAAACUGAAUGAAGAGAAAGACCAGCUACAGGUGCAGUACAACAAUCUGAAUGAAGAGAAAGACCAAGUGGAGGCCAAUCGGAAUAGAAUGAUAAAAGAGUUAGAGACCAAUAACAACAACUUGAGAAAUGAGAAAUCCCAGUUGACGGCCAAAUGCACGACUGAGAGAGAUGAACUACAGAGGCGUCUUUUCAAACUGGAGUCAAUGAUGGAGAUAAAACAGCAUGCAGUGAAUGUGAUCUUGGAUCCUGAGACAGCACACCCCAAACUCAUCCUGUCUGCUGAUGGGAAACAAGUCAGACUUGGAGAUAAACAACAGAAUCUACCUGACAUCCCACAGAGAUUCAAUGCUGGGCCAUGUGUCCUUGGAAAAGAGGGGUUCGCUGCUGGGAGAUUUUACUAUGAGGUACAAGUCAGGCAGAAGAUGUGUUGGAGUAUAGGUGUGGUAAGGGAAUCCAUUAACAGAAAGGGUACAAUUAUUUGCAGCACCAAAAAUGGAUGCUGGAUAGUAAUGAUGAGAAAGAAUGAAUACAUUGCAACAGAGGCUCCUAGUGUUCGUCUCUCCUUGAAAAAGAAUCCCCAGAAGGUGGGGGUGUUUGUAGAUCACGAGGCAGGUCUGGUCUCCUUUUAUGAUGCUGACAGUUGGUCUCAUAUCCACUCUUUUACUGGUGUCUCCUUUACUGACAAACUCUUUCCAUUUCUAAGCACUUGUGUUGUUGUAGACCAAAUUCCACUGAUCAUCUCCCCUGUUAAGAGUUACUGUUAAUCUAAUUGUUGUUGACCAGGUUAUUUUGCAUUUGCUUUGCAGUGGCUGUGUAUCAUGACUAUGUGUCUACUUACUAUACUGCAUUGGCUGUAUAUCAUGACUAUGUGUCUACUUACUAUACUGCAGUGGCUGUAUAUCAUGACUAUGUGUCUACUUACUAUACUGCAGUGGCUGUAUAUCAUGACUAUGUGUCUACUUACUAUACUGCAGUUGCUGUAUAUCAACAAACAAACCAACCAACCAACAAACCAACAAACAAACAAACGAACACGAGUAAAAACCUAACCUUCUUGGCGGAGGUAAAACAUAUCUACCUGCUAGUGCUCUCCAAUGUGGCUCUGCUAGCACCAAUGGCAGAUUAUAGAAUCUCAUGAAACUGUGACUGGACAUACCUACUGAACCUGUUCAAUCCUUAUUUAAAUCAUUCAGAUUCACAAUCUACAUCUGUUUAUAUUUUCCCAAUAACAAAAUGUGAACAGUGUGAUGCCGUUAACUUUAGGCGUUGUAAACAGAUCCUGAAGGCUGUGUCAUUUUCGCAAACCUGCAAUGCCACCACAUGGCCAGAUGAGGGGACCAGGGGUUCUAAGAGUUCAUCUGAAAUAUUAACACCCAGUUGCUGUAUUACGUCUUUGAACUCAGAGCAGAGUAAUGAGGAAGAAAUGGUUAAAGUUUGGGCACAGCCGACAAUAGGAGAAACUGUGCCAUCUAGGAGGACACACAUUAACACAGGAUAAAUUGUCAGUAGAUAAACACAUAGACAGCAGAAAUCUUAUAAAGCUCUUUUUUUUAUUACAUAAAAAAUACAGGCCUAUGUAUCAAUGACAGGCCUCUCUCUCACUCUCUCUCUGUGCAUGUGUGAGUGUGAGUUUGAG